AUGGCUUUCCGUGCACCACCUACAGGACUUGCAAAGCAUGUCUCCAACAUGUUGAAAGGGAAUUUAAUGAAGAAGCCACCAGUAUGGCUCUCAGUUGUGCAAGCUAUCCCCCCUGGACCCAGUGUUGUUCGUUCUCAAAACCCUGAAGCCAAUCUCUCAGGUCAAACAGAAUUGGAACAAAGUUUUUUAUCUAAACCUCAACAAAAGCAUCGUCUUCGUCACUCUGAGAAGCAUUUACGUACACCUCCACCUAGACCCCGUGCCAUCGUUUAUCCUGAGGAUAAGCUUAGAAGACAAUUCUUCAAGGAUCAUCCAUUCGAAUUAUCAAGACCCAAAGUGCUAGUAGAGAAUGAUUUGGGCAUUAAUCGCACUGAUUUCAGUAAACUCAUGUUGGACGGCAUGCAUCCUUCUCAAAUCGACGGUGAAGCUGUCAUCAAAUAUCAACUCUAUUUAAUGACUCACGAAAAGAUGCCUGAGAGAAAGGCCUACGCUAAAGCAACAUCAGAAUUCUACGAAAUCAGAGCACAACAAGAAGAGGAUGAAAGAGCCGCCAGAGCAAAGAUGAACAAUGUGCUGCAAACUCUUCAAAGCAAGAAAUGGACACAAAAGGCAUUAUACCUUGAAGAAAGAGCUUUGAAGCAAGGUCAAGCGAAUCAAUUUUAG